AUGGAUCAAACAUCUUCGGAAGAGCCUAUACGACCAAUAAUACAUAAAAGGCGAUUAACAUUCACAUCGGCAAAAGCUGUUAAUGGCAAUGAAUUCAGCAGUACUAAUUUAUUGGAUAAAACUAAAAUGACCACUCCAGAAAUGGCAACUGAAACCGAGCCAAAUGUACUAGAGAUUCCUACAAACAAAACAAUUGAAUUGGAUAAGACGGCUGAUAUAUCAAAUGAGAACCAGAACUCUCCUGGAUUAGACAGUCAAAGUGAAUUCAAUAUAGUUUCGAAAGAUUUCAAUGAAGAAGUAUUGAAGGCAGUAAUUCGCGACGAACCUGGAACCAUUGAUGUCUCAUCCGAUAUUCCUGCUCCCAAAAUUAAUUUUGGAUCUCUUCUUUGUGAAUUUCCCACUGAACAAGCAUUAUUGGAAGCUUUUCCUAACAAAAUUUCAUCGAAAGCUUUAAGUGAAACUAAUCCUGACUCAGCUUCUUGUACGAUCAUAUCAAAUGAUACUUUAACUCAUCCUUUACCUGCUGAACCAAUUGACAAUGUUUUGCAGAAUAUUGAAUCAAAAUCUGCAACUGCAACGCCGGUAGUAACAACACAAGCAUCCACUGCUAUAAGUACUACAAAAAUCGCAGCAUUGCAGGGAAAAGUUAAAGAUGUUUUCCUCUUUCCUGUACAGAAUAAUGAAGCAAAAGCUUCAGCUUCAGAAGAUAAUACACAAAAAUUAACUACAAACAUCACUACCUCUUCUGUAAAUACUGCAUCCGAAUGCACGACUGAAACCCAACAUCUGCAACAAGUCCAGCUACAGCAAUUCACUCCAGAAUCAUCCAAAGUGCAAGCAUCAUCACAUGUUCCAACUCAAACAUCAUGCGAAACUUCAGAAUCUGAUACAGCGCAAGCACAUAAAAUAGUACCCGAAUUACUAAGUAACCUGACACCUCUUCCAAACAAAAAUUCUACAAUACCUAACUUUUUCGAUCAGGUAGUUCUCGUUGGCACAGCAUCGGGAACACCAGAGGUUCAAAAAACUGUGCAAUUUGGUGUUAUGGAAAGGAACAACAGUAGAAAUGAAAUAGUUUCAAAGGAACAGCAGUAUCCCAGCGAAACGGUUGGAGUGAAGCCGACGACCCUAAUUGAAGCGGAGAAACUGGAAGGCAUGGAGGUAUCAUCUAAUGCAGUUCCCGAAGGAAGGCAAAAUCCUGCCGAGGGACCAAUAACGCAAUUUGAAACGCCUCGUAGGCCAGCAUCGAGGUAG